AUGGCCCAGGAUUCUAGCAGCACUGAAGCACUCGAAUUUAUUCGCGAUGCACACCGUUUUGCCUUGAUGAAUCGAGCCAUAAUUGAUUCCGCACCACUCCAGUUGUAUUCAUCGGCCCUCAUUUUUACUCCUCGAAAGUCUAUCAUCCGAAGGAUAUUCAUAGACCAGGUUCCAGAUUAUAUUCAGACCUUACCGACAGUGGAAGAUGAAUGGGAUGCGGUUCUACAGAUACUACAUCACGAACACCCUGGCCGGUAUGUCUGGCCAGGCAGGCCCAAUCCCGGACUCAUGAAAUUCUCACCCAGUGGUCGAAUUCUCGCAGCAGCGGGCAAAGAUUUUUCCAUUAUGCUCUAUGAUUCCUUUACUGGAGCACUGGUAAGAACGCUUAGAGGACAUGGGCUUGCUGUUGAAGCUGUAGCUUUCUCUCCGGAUGGGGAAUUAUUAGUUUCGGGCUCGCGAGACAAAACAGUCAGAGUAUGGGACUCUGUUACGGGAGCUCUCAAGCUUAAACUUGAAGGGCAUGAAAGUGAUAUUAAAGCUGUAUCUUUUUCACCAGAUGGGAGUCUGAUAUUCUCAAUAGCCUCUGAUGCACUUAUGCAAUGGGACUCCAAAACGGGAGCGCGUUGUGGAGUUUUGAAGGGCAGUUUUACUCUGGGUUCCCCGAUGAUUUUCUCCCCAGAUGGACAACUAUUGGUAUCCGUCCCGGAUAAGUAUCAGGCCUGGAUUUGGAAUUUUGGUCUCGGGUCACAUUGUAUGCCUUUAGCCACGGCGGAACUGAGUCACGGCAGUGACUAUCCAUUGGUAUGCUUAUCCCAAGACGGCGAAAUGAUCGCUAUCGGAAGACGUUAUGGGUAUAUGGAGGUUGUUUCCACAGCUACGGGGGCACUACUCCAGACUCUGAAACCUCCAAAUAAAGUGGGGCGCACCUGUGCCAUGAGCUUUCUGCCAGACAGCCAGCUGGUGGCAUUAGCGCUACCAGAUGUGUCUGGUAGGUUGGCGGUAUUUACGAACUUAAACACUGGCCUAGAGAUAUGGAGUAUCCCUUUGGAUCUAGGGAAAUAUCAGUGGCAUUCCGUUUCUAUCUCACCGGACGGUAAACUCUUGAUAGUUACAUUUACCUUAAAGUCGUACAUUAAUGGGAAAUUCAUGUUGUCUCGGCGUGUACAAGAGAUUCGGGUAUAUGAAUCUGCUACCGGGAGAGAAAUCCACAGGCUCAAGCAAGUUUCGGGGAUUGGGGUAAUUUUGUGUCAAGCUCUUUCCUUGGAUAACAAACUAUUGGCUUCGAUAACGGAUGAGGGGUCUGUGAUGCUCCACGAUUUUGGAACUGGGGAAUUGCGACAGAAUUUAGGCUCAGCGGAGUCAGGCGAAGAGUAUUGCGGUUUUUUGGAAUUUCAGAUCGCAGAUCAAAGUCUAGGUUCCAGUUCUGAGUGGCUAGAGCUAGAGCCGGAUCACGACAUAUGUCUAGAGUCUUCAUUGUAUUACAAAAAGAACCGGUUUGUGAGGAUUUCGAGGGAUGGUAAACGAGUCGCCGCAACAACUGGGGACAUUGUCAAAGUCUGGGACUCAGAUACGGGGCUAUCCCUGGAAACGAUAACUGGACAGUGGGGUGAGAUUUGGGAUAUCCUCUUUGCUCCAGACGGUAGUUUGGUGGUAAUCGGACCUGACACAACAAUAAAAGUCCUCGAAUCGGCUACCGGAAAGUCGCGCCUCAACAUGCAGAUUGAUACCGGGUUCGCUUUCGGUUGGAAGUGGGAUAAGGCGGAGGCUAAAGCUGCCAUCUCGCCGAGUAACACCCUUCUUGCAAUCGCGGAGCCUCAUUCGCUAUAUAUUUACAACUUGGUUAGCGGGGUCCAGCAGCUGGUGUGUAACGGAUUCUCAGAUAUCGGUGCUUUAACAUUUUCACCAGAUAGUGGAAUUAUCGCAACAACAAUGAAAUCUACAAAGAGGAAAUCUACAAGUGAGCUACUGAUGCACAACGGUGUAAAGCUAUAUGAUUCUGCAACUGGGGACUUCUUACAUAACGUUGCUCAACUUGAAAAAUCACCUUCGAAAAGCUCGGAGCGUCAAGUAGCGAUUGCUUUUACACCCGCCGGAGAUCUUAUAGCAAUGGUAUCCAACUCUGGAUCAAUAACUCUGCUAGACCCGAAAAGAGUACCGCGACAAUCUGAACUCUCCGAGAGGUCAGUAUUGGAUUUACAUUUACCCAAAUCCAAAGGUCAUAUAUUCGUUUCACCAGACGGCAAACUAGCCAUCUCUGCAACAAAUAAUGGGCUAGUCGAGCUAUGGGACGUAUCCACAGGAGGACUUCUGCAGAGCUUCUGGCUAAAUAGCUGGAUUCAAGGCCAUACUUUUGGCGCAGUUAUCGCCUACCAAUACGAAAAUUACGAAGGUGGUUACUUUGGCGCAAUUUCGGAUUGUAAAACAAAAAUGGAACUAGUCUCGUUCCUAGACUGCAACAAAGAAAAAAUCCUUGAAAGCACUUUGCCAUCCGAUGACGAUUACAUGUUAAAAUUCUCACCUGACAGUAAGCUAUUGGCAGCGAAAAUAAAUGGUUGCUUACAGGUUUGGGAUAUACUCGGCCUCAUAGACCGGACAGCACGCGACCUUAGACCCACAUAUAUGGAUGAUAAGAAUACGGAGACCAUUGUAUCAUUUCCGGAUGACCUGCAGCUAGCUCGUCCACCAAAGAAGCUGACUAGCGGAGGAAGGGCCGUUCGUGGCCUUGGUCGUGUAUCAAAACCAAGCAACGCAAAUUCCCAAUUAACCUCGUCACUACCCGUACUGAAAUGCUCACUCAAACCAAAGGCUGGACCAAGGGGCGACCAGCUUAGACAGUCCAAUCGUACCCUGGGGGCUAAAAAUGCUCAGAUAAACAGAGACGUUAAAAGGGCAACGGACACAAGGCUGUCCAACAACAACAGUCUUGGUUCGAAACAAGCCAAUUCGAUACCGGACAAGUCUGUCCCGAUUGACAAAACCGUAACUAAUUCCAUACUCGGGAGCCUUUCUUGGGUUAUAACCCCUAUUAAUAGUCUCAGCAUCUCAUUAGAGCAUCCAACGACACCAGACGAACAGCAAACAGAUUCAAGGAAACCGACAAGAAGCAUCAAAACAGUAGCGUUUUCCCCGGAUGGUGAAUUGAUUGCUCUUGUGUCUAUGGUCCCCUCUAUUGAAAUCUGGAACCUUAGGAAACGGGAAUUACUCCCUCGAUGGCCUAAAUCGCUGGAACGUCCUGAAAUAUCAACUUUAUCGUUACGUACAGCUAUUAAUUUAGCGUUCUCUCCUGACGGAAAUUUUUUACUAGCCUACGGCUACGGUUUGGCAAUUUGGUCAAUCUGCUCCGGGAACGUACGAAAUUUCUCAUGGUCUCGGGACGAUAAUAUAAGCUUUCAUAAUAUCAAAGUGGCGGCGUUAUCACCUGAUAACAAGCUUCUCGCAAUAAGCUGUCAAUGGCUCCUUCUGAAAUCGAUUACUCUUUGGUCUAGAUGGUUUACAAUUGAAAACAGACGACCGCAUAUGGAACAUCGAGCGCCUCGUUAA